AUGGCAUCAAAAGAUCUCCCUCCACCUGUUACCCACACAGAACCUGACAUGCCAUCUGGAGCAAAAAUAUUUAGAACAGUGCCAUAUGCUUUUAUCCUACCAGAGCUAAUAUUUGGAUGCUGGGUCUGGAUCCUCGUAGCUGCCACCACAGUGUAUUUCCCUAUGCUGCAGGGAUGGGUUAUGUAUGUCUCACUGAGUUCAUUUUCCUUCUCCCUGAUGUUCCUGUUGUGUUACCUGUUUGGAUUUCACAGAAACAGUGACUCGUGGAAAGUAGUGGAUAGUAUGUAUCAUGGAGCCACUGCAAUUUUCUAUAUGAGCGCGGCGGUCUUACAAGCUAAUGCAACAAUCCGCUCUGAGACUGAAGUGCUUGUACAAUAUAUUCCUCGUUACUAUCAAAUCAAUGUCGCUGCCUCAUUCUUUGCUUUUAUCACGGCUCUGCUGUAUAUUUUACAUGCCUUCAGCAUCUACUACCACUGA